UGCUCCGAGGGUGCGCUCUACUGCACAGUGGGAAAUGUCAAACGAUCGGAAAUGUAAACAACCCAAAAUCUAAACAAAACUAUUCCGGCGAUGCUGAACAACGGCGGAAAAUUGAAUAAAGAACGUACUUCAAGAUGAGCACGUGCCGUGCAUGUCUGCAAAAAGAAGCAGAUGAGUAUUGCUCACUGUUUAAGAAAAUCCACCACGUUACACUCCAGGAAAUGUACCAUUCGCUUACCGGGCUAAGCGUGUCGCCGAAGGAUGGUUUGCCGUGCUGUGUCUGCCAAGAGUGUGCCGAUUUCAUCGUAACCUGCAACAAUUUUCGCAAGAAAUGCCUCAAGUCCGAUGCUCAGUUACGAUCCGCUUUAAGCCAGGAUAAGGACGAAGAUGAGCUUCUACGAGUUGAAGAAUACGAAUGUCUCGAAGCGGAUUCCGACCAACAAACCCAAAUUAAUAUAUAUUUUGAGGAAACCAUCAUGCCGGAAGAAGCAGACUGCUCGGAAGAAAUCGAACCGACUGUACAAGAGCUGACAACGAUUCCCACUGAAAACGAUACCACUGAGGAGCCAAUCGAGGACGAGUCUGCAUACAAUCUGUACGAAGUAACGGGGGAAGAAGAAAUAGUGGAAAAAGUAAUAAGUGAAGAAAUCGUGCAAAGCGAAUUCGGAGAAUCGUAUGAGGUUGUUUACGAAUCUACGGAAUACCUUGAGCAGCCGCAACAGUCUGCGGACGAAGCAGAGGAACCACCACCCGUUGUACGGUGUUGUGGCUGCCCCACAUUACAGAUCGAUACGAUGGAAGAUUUAAAGCAACACUCGCUCGAUGUGCACAAGCAGGCGAGCACCGUCAGCAGCGUACGCCCUUACGAGUGCGACAUUUGCUUCCGACGCUUCACGAAAAGUGACCUUUUGCUAAGGCACAAAGCAACAAUAUACGAGCGGAGCAAACGGUACGACUGCAAGCAGUGUGAGGCCAGCUUCAGAAGCCGCACGGCUUUGCACAGUCACAACAAGAGUAAGCACGUGUGCAAACGGACGUACGUGUGUGACGUUUGCCAGAAGGGUUUCUUCACCAGCAGCACGCUACUGUCCCACCGUCAGGUACACGGCGAGAAAAAGUUCCAGUGUGACAAGUGUCCGAAGAUGUUCAUCCGCCAUUCGGAUCUGGUAAUCCAUCAAACGACCCAUUCGAGCGAACGGCCGUACGGUUGUAGCGUGUGCGAGAUGCGCUUUAAAACGGCUGCCCAUCUGCGGGGCCAUCAGGCGGUACAUACCGGCGAGCGGUCGAAAAAGUGUCGCACGUGCGGGAAAGGAUUCACCACGUACAGCGAUCGACGGGUGCAUGAGCUGCAGCACGAAAAUAUACAUCCAUUCAAGUGUGACUUUUGUGACAAAACGUAUGGACGAAACUAUAAGCUGCAGGUACACAUCCGGAAGGUGCACACCGGGGAACGGCCGUUCGCGUGUGGGGAUUGUUCGCUGCGGUUCUUCCAGCGCUGGGAACUGACGGCACACCGGCGGGUGGAUCAUGGAGAGGAGGAUGGGAUGGAGUUGUCCAUGUAGGGAUGAAAUCAUGACAUGAUGUUGAUCGGAACUCAACGCUUAGUUAUUAAUUCAUUACUUUCCUUUAACUGUAAGAUACAAAAAUGGAUCAUUUUGUAUUAAAUAAACUGCGAACUUCUUCGCGAAUUUAAAUAUUA